CCACAUCUGUCCAGCUUCACGAUUCCCAAGCCACUCCCAACCAGCCUCCGGCGGUGUUGACGUCCGCGACAAGGGACGGUCCCACCUUCAGCAUUUGCUGUGAUAUGACUCCCUUUGACAACCUCACGCUCGCUUGUCGCUUCAAUGGCUCACCCACCCUUUCAGGGAACUUCUCCGUUUGUGUCUAACAACCUCUCCGCUCACCUCCCACCCCCCUCCUCCUCUCACUCCACGAGCCCGGCCUCCAGCGCAACCGCGAACCAGACUUUCAUGAUGACGUCCAGCCCAGUGCGUGUCCGUAAGCAACCAGCGGACGGAUAUAAGCCUAAGAUCAUCACAACGGUGGGCGCAAAGCCAGCUUGCCUUGUCAAUGCCUCAGUCACCUAUGUGGGCAAUGACCAGAUAUAUGCCUUCGGAGGCUUUGACCAGUACACUGACGAAGUUUACAACCACGUUCUUCGCCUGAACUUGGCGACUCAAAAAUGGAAUUUGGUGGACAAUUAUGGCGAUAUACCGGGUGUGCGGAUGGGUCAUACCGCAAACUUGUGGCGAGGCGACAAGCUCCUUGUCUUUGGCGGCGAGAACGAACAUCGACAACACCUCAAUGACGUAAUUGUUUUCGACUUGAAGACUGCAAACUGGACGCAGCCCGAGCUACAUGGUACACCACCAAGGGGCCGAGCCCGACAUUCCGCCGUGAUUCACGACGAAAAACUAUACAUAAGCGGUGGUCAGACGGGUCAUGAUAGUGUCCUGGACGACAUAUGCUUUCUGGAUUUGAAGACGUGGACUUGGUCUCGCACUUGGAAGUUUGUCCCACGCUACGAUCAUGCCAGCUGGAUCUGGAACGGAAAGAUGUGGAUCUUCGGUGGUAUGAACGAUGAGAUGGAGCGGAGCAACGAGAUCUGGUGGCUCGACUUGCGCGGAAGUCCUGGCUUUGAAACCGCAAUGGCGUAUGGGACUCGCGAUAGGCAGCUAGUGUCAUCACGGCAUCGGAGUCUUGGAAACCCCACCACCACUACGCAGCCUACGGGAAGCACGGGCUAUUCCGCAAACUCCAGCGUUCAAUCCUACCCCAGCGCUGCAGCAUCGGCGAGAUCCCUUUAUCCGGCUCCAGGAUCCAUAUCGUCUCUCAAAUUUCACUCAAGUCCGAACCUGCCAUCGCAAGCAGCGGGGACGCAUUUUCACGUCUUUUCCUCCGGCUGCAUGCUCGACUUUGUUACCCCGGCUGAGUUAAGCUGUGAGACAGGUCUGUCUAGUCUGGAACUUGAUUCGCUGAGUUGGCAAAAGCUUGCCGACGGCAAAGACUUAUUCGAUCCGAAUUUUCGCUGGCAUUAUUGCACGGUGAAUGCCGAGGGCACCCAUGCGUGGCUUCUCGGAAGCCCGGUGGAGCCUACCGCUGAUGGACACGGUUUCACUGGGGGUGAAUAUCUCAGUGAUGUUCUCCUCAUCGAUCUCAGGAAGUAUGGAAUUCUGGGUAACGAGCUUGCCGCGCAGUCUCGGGUCAAGAUACCCUCUUCAGAUGCCAAUAUAUCUUCGCCAUUGACGGGCAUCGGGGCUGACCUGUCGACAACUUUCGAUCAGCCUCCCGAGUCCGGUAGCGGCGCAGACUUCAUUAUUACAGCCGACCCGGACGAUCUAGACUAUGAUGCAUCUUCUUCAACCGACCCGACCGCGAAAUCGGAAAUGGCUGUAUCUCGUCCGAUACAUGUCCACAAGCUCAUUCUGCAUGCACGCUGGCCACACUUCGUCAGACUAUGGUCCGCGCAGAUGUCGGAGUUCCAUACCAAGAAGAUGCACAUUCCAGAGCCAUACUCCGCUGUGCGCGCCUUUCUUUUCUACUUGUACACGGACAGCAUAGCUCCCAACCCACCCAAUGGACCCACUCUCAACGACGUUGCAGGAAUGCUCGUCAUGGCAAACCUAUACGAUAUGCCCCGGCUCCGGCUUCUCUGCGUCAAUCGACUUAGCCGCGAACUGGACAUUGAACAUGCUGCCGUCAUCUGGCAGCGCGCUACCACGGCGAACGAAGAGUGGCUGAAGCGUCGUGCAGCAAGCUUCUGUCUCCAGAAUUGGGGCCGCGUCGUUCGCACAGAGGGCUUCAAGUCUCUCGAUCAUAGCAGCUUGAUUGAGCUCUGCCAAGAGCCUGACAUUGAUGCCAGGAUCAUCGGAGAUGAAGAACUUGAUAUGCUUGGCGGGCUUCGCGGGCCCUUGGGCGCCCUGAAUGGUAAUAGGAAGCGCAGUCUUGGAAGCGCGGGCGUGGUUACCGUUGAUGAGGAGGGUGAGGAGGAGGUUGAAGAUGAUGGAAUGGACGUGAAUUAGGCCGCGGUUUUCUCCUGCGUUUGUUUCGACUCUGCAUCUGGUGGGUCUUUUGUAUUGGUAUCACUUGAUUGUGGGAAAAUAGGUCUUAUUUGGGGGGGGGGGGGGGG